AUGAAGUUGACAAGGCUGCCAGCUUCCUUAUGGCCUCUCCUCCCACCCUUAUACUUCGUCAUCACUGUCGGCCCCCUCGUCGCAGCCCAAUCGCCGUUGGGACAGAAUGUUCACUACGGGGAAAUUAACACUAAUCAGGAUCCUGCCGUCCUCCCGAUGGAUGUAACCACCAAAACCAAAUUCGAUAUCGGGACAAAGGACGCGCCAGUGGAUGGAAAGGAUGGAAAGCCGCACGCCGGCCCUUGGGUUUGGAUCGACAAAGACCCGAAAUCAACCAAGCCGCUUCAUGAGCCACAGAGAGAGGAGGACAAGCAAAGGGAUAUAGCCAUUCCCGAGGUAGGACAAGAUGGAAGAAUCACCACGAAAAACGGCGGGGUCAUGGAUGAUCCAACUCGAGAGCUGCCGAAGCAUGGGACGACUGGUACUGAAGGCGGCGUAAGUGAAAAAGAAAAGGCGAGAAAGGCCCACGAGGGUCAGACGGGUGAACGAUUGGAAAAGAAGCCCGAGUCGCCAAAAGAAGCGCCUCAGCCACUUCCUGACAAAUUGGAAGAUAUCUAUAUGGAUAAAAUGAAGUCCAAGGAUGGCGAUGAGGCCGAAAAGCCAACUAAAGAUACACUUGCAGGUCUUGAGAAACCUGACAAUCUUCCCGACAAGCUGAACAACUUGCCCCAUCCUUUGCCUGGCUCUGCACAGAAAGACCAUUUGGACAUCCAAAAAUCGAACAAGGAAUCCUCCAAAUAUGAGUUAACCCAACAAGAGCUUGCCGAGGGCCUCAUUAAACCUCUCCAUUCAUUCUUCCUCUCAUUAACCAUGAUUCUAUUCUCGGAGAUCGGCGACAAAACCUUUCUCAUUGCUGCCCUCAUGGCCAUGAAGCACGAUCGGAUCACUGUGUUCUCUUCUGCCUUUGCAGCACUAUUCAUCAUGACGGUCCUAUCGGCGGUUCUCGGCCACUCAGUUCCAACCCUAAUUCCAAAACGAUAUACUAAUUACCUGGCAUCGGGCUUAUUCCUCGUCUUUGGGGUACGCAUGUUGAACGAAGGCUUGGCCAUGAGUUCGCAAGACGGCGUUGCCGCUGAAAUGAAGGAAGUCGAAAUGGAAUUAGAGGAGAAAGAGCAUUUGAAUUUCCAGCCAGUUGGUGGGCGAUCCACCAUCUCUCCAUACGCACUCGAGAUGGGCCUCGGUCGUAGUAGUCCUUCAUCGUCGCCUGAUCGAACAGCCUCUCCGCCACGCUCUACCGUCAAAAAUCGAUUCAAGGGGCUGAGAAAUCUAUUAUCGCUCCUCUUGAGUCCCGUUUGGGUACAGACCUUUGUCAUGACCUUUUUGGGAGAAUGGGGCGAUCGAAGCCAGCUUGCCACUAUUGCUAUGGCGGCUGGUCAAGACUACUGGUGGGUUAGUGGAGGUGCAAUUACAGGACAUGCCAUAUGUACAGGCGUGGCUGUGAUUGGUGGUCGAGCAAUGGCGGGGAGGGUGAGUAUGAGACUUGUGACACUAGGCAGUGCAGUUUCAUUUUUGGUAUUUGGCGUAAUAUACUUUGCCGAGGCUUGUUAUGCGUAG